AGAGUUCAUUUGCUCCGCCACCUAAUGACCAAAGAGAUGACUUACUCAAAACUUCAGAGAAAGUGGACUUAUAUGAGGACCUUCUUUUUCCUCGUGGUGUGUAUGGGGCUUUCUUUAAUUUUUUGGGGAACAAACUUUAAUAGAAGUCUGCCCUCUCAUUUUCCUAUACUGGAGCAGUUCUCCUCUGACCUGCCUGCCUGUUUAGGUGUCAUCACUGGAGACACAAAGGGCAGAAUGGCUGAACUAGAAGCGCUUCUAGCAACCAGAAGUAAGAAAACGGCUCUAUCUGAGGAUUUCUACAUCAAUGCGACAAAGGACUGUGUAGCUUUCACUGAGAAAAGAGGUUUCAUUAAUGUACCUCUUAGUGAAGAGGAGGCAAAUUUUCCUAUUGCGUACUCCAUGGUGAUCCAUGAAAAGAUUGAGAUGUUUGAAAGACUCCUGCGGUCUAUCUAUGCUCCUCAGAACCUCUACUGUGUUCAUGUUGAUCAGAAAUCUUCUCUGGAUUUUCACAGGCCUGUGAGAGAAAUAGUUUCCUGCUUUCCCAAUGUUUUCAUAAGCAGCAAAUUAGAAAGAGUUGUGUAUGCUUCCUGGUCCAGAGUACAGGCAGAUCUGAAUUGCAUGAAAGAUCUGCUACGCUCCGAUAUCCAGUGGAAGUACCUGCUGAACACUUGUGGGACAGAUUUUCCAAUCAAAACCAACAGGGAGAUGGUGAGAGCUCUGAAAGCCCUCAAUGGGAGAAACAGCAUGGAAACCGAAGCCACCAACGACUACAAGAAAGGUCGCUGGCAGUACCACCACAAUGUCACCAACACGGUUGUCAGGACGGGCGUGAGGAAGAGCCCACCACCGAUCAGGAGCCCCAUGUUCUCAGGAAACGCCUACUUUAUUGUCUCAAGGGCCUUUGUGAAACACAUAAUGCAGAACAGAGAGGUGCAGAACUUCAUAGAGUGGGAGAAGGAUACGUACAGCCCGGAUGAGCAUAUGUGGGCUACCCUGCAGAGGAUGCCCCAUGUUCCUGGAUCAGCCCCCGCUAAUGGCAAAUACGACGUGUCGGACAUGCAGGCUCUCUCCAGGGCAGUCAAGUGGUCUUACCUAGAAGGAGACGUGAGCAAAGGAGCUCCAUACUACCCAUGCACAGGGGCCCACAGGAGAUCUGUCUGUGUGUAUGGAGCUGGAGACCUCCUGUGGCUCCUGAGACAGCAGCACCUCUUUGCAAAUAAGUUUGACCCAGAAGUUGACGAUAUUUCCAUCAGAUGUUUGGAGUCAGUUCUGCAUUUCAAAGCUUUGGGUCAUGACCCACUGGCCUCUCUGGUAAAUUCAAACCUGUUGUAGAACCUUAAAGGAAUGUA